AGAAAGCUACAGCAAAGGUUAUGCACCUGUUUGAGGAGGUCGCAGAAGAAAUGAAAGGAAAAGCAACUCUUGCUUAUAUUAACUGCAGUGAUGACAAAAAAAUGUGUAAACAGCUUAAAGUCUCGCCAGUGGAGUAUGAGCUUCGCCAUUACAAAGAUGGUGAAUUCAACAAAGACUAUGAUAGGAAACUAGCUGUGAAGUCCAUGGUCAACUUUUUACUUGAUCCAACAGGAGAUUUGCCUUGGGAGGAAGACCCAACAGCUGUAGAUGUUGUGCAUAUAUCUUCAGAAGAAAGUUUCACCAAGUUAUUAAAAAAAGAGAAAACUCCAUUAUUAGUUAUGUUUUACGCACCUUGGUGUGGGUUUUGCAAGAGAUUAAAACCUGACUUUGCUGCAGCUGCUACAGAGAUGAGGUCUCAAGCUACUUUGGUUGGCAUAGAUGUUGACAAACCACCGAUGAUGCCUUUAAGGAUGCAGUACAACAUCACAGGCUUCCCCACCUUGUAUUAUUUUGUUAAAGGCCAGGUCAAGUUCAAAUAUGGAGGUGAAAACAAUAAAGCUGGUAUCAUAUCCUGGCUACAAAAUCCCCAAGAACCUAAAGAGAAAGAAAAAGAGGCUGAGUGGUCAGAUGAGCCGAGUGAAGUGGUACACUUGACGGAUGAGAGCUUUUCAGACUUUGUCAAGCAGAACCCAUCGGUGUUGGUCAUGUUUUAUGCUCCAUGGUGUGGCCAUUGCAAACAUAUGAAACCUGGAUAUACAGAGGCUGCUCAGUAUUUGAAGGAUGAAGGGAUCACUGGUGUGUUAGCUGCAGUAGAUGCAACAAAAGAAAAGAAACUGGCUCAAGAAAAUAAUGUCAAAGGCUUCCCCACUGUGCGCUACUUUAGGAAUGGUGAAUUUGCAUUUGAGGUGAAUGAAAGAGACAAAGACAAAAUUAUUGAUUUUAUGAAAGACCCUAAGGAGCCUCCCCCUCCUCCCCCACCUGAAUCAAAAUGGGAGGAGAUUGAGAGCGAGGUGGUUCAUCUAACAGACGACACAUUUAAAAACUUCCUCAAGAAAAAGAAACACUGCCUGAUUAUGUUUUAUGCCCCAUGGUGUGGUCACUGUAAGAAAGCCAAGCCAGAGUUUAUGGCAGCAGCUGAGAAAUUCAAAGAUGACCCAAAGGUGGCUUUCGCAGCAGUUGAUUGUACAGUUCAAACUGGUACAUGCAGCACUCAUGAUGUGAAAGGAUAUCCAACAUUCAAGUACUUCAACUACGGCAAAAACUCUCAGAAGUACAUGGGAGGAAGAGAGGAAAAUGAUUUCAUCACAUUCAUGAGGGACCCGCAGAACCCAGCCCCCACCCCUCCCGCUCCGACCGCUGAGUCCCUUGAAGACCAGUGGAAGCCGUUUUCUGGGUAUCAGAGUCUGGUUUUUCUGAGUGCUGAGAAUUUUGAUUCUGUCCUAGCUAGCAAUGUUCAAGUACUGGUUAUGUUUUAUGCUCCAUGGUGUGGACACUGCAAGAAGAUGAAACCAGAUUUUGCUGAAGCUGCUGCUACUGUACAGGAGCUAGGGCUUGGUGCUCUUGGAGUGGUUGAUGCCACAGUGGAAAAAGAAUUGGCAGACAAAUAUAAUAUACGAGGGUUUCCUACAUUAAAAUUCUUCUCAGAAGGUGAAGAAACAGAGUACAAGAGUGGCAGAACAAAAGAGGAUCUGGUACAGUUUAUGAUAGACUCUUUGUACGGAGACGAAGCAGCAGAAAUGUCUAAAGCGUCAAAGAAAGAUGAAGAAAAGCCCAUCCCCUUCAUCAAAUCCCGAUCUGUUAAAAUGCUUGGCAGAAAAGAUUUCCAAAACUUCAUUGUUUUAAAACAAAAACUUAUUUCCCUUGACACAGGAGAAAAGGCAGCAGCUCUAGUCAUGUUCUAUAACCCUGAUUGCAAAUACUGUCAGAGCGCCAAACCUCAUUUCCUCAAGGCAGCUAAAACAACCACUGUGAAAAACCGCUUCUAUGCAGCAGUUGAUUGUUCGAAGGAAGAAGCAUUAUGUGAGAUGGAGAACAUCAAGGUGUUCCCCUCCUUCAAGCUGUACGUGGGUGGCAAGUACCUGAACAAGUACGACGAGGCUCCGAACUACGUGUCUAUGAGGAACUUUUUGGAAAGGGUCCCCACUGAUUUUGACUUGGACUCCAAACAAGUCCCCCACAACACACAGCAUGGACACAAGAAGCGUGAAGAUUUGUAAACUCUGGCUCAGCUGUAGGAUCAAUGUUUGUUUGAAAGCUUGGUUUGUUCAUUCGAAAUUUAUUCUAGAUCUUGUUUUCAAUAGCUUCAUUUAUACAUAUAUAUGAUGGUCUGUCUAGAAUGUAAUUUUUUAACAGUUAUAACAUUUGAUCCUGAAAGUAUGACUAUUUUUUUUUAGGAAUCUUUGUUUUUUAAAAGUCCCAUAUCAGUUAUAUCAUCUGAGCAGAUUGUGUGAUAUCAUCAUAAUAAAAAUUAUUUUAUUAAAUAAAUUGCUUUUUUUUUUUACAUUAAU